ACACACACACACACCACACACCGCAGGCUGACAGUAGACAAGCAGCAGCCACUGAGAGACACACACACGGACUGAGUCUCUUGCUGCAGCUACAAGAAGGACCUCAUUAUCAUUUUUUGUUUGGAGUAAAUACGUUUUCGCCAUCAGGAGUUGUUGUUUUUUUAAUUAGAGGAUUCGCGUCAUUACGAGGCGCGCGCAUUCCUCAGCAGGAUUUGCGCAUCUCCAAUUGCAAAUUGUUUUCUGCUCUCCACGAGAGCGCUGUUUUAAUUUUUCACUGCUCAGGAGAAAGCUUUCAUAGUCAUGCUCGAGCGGCGACUGACGAAGCGUUUCAUCUGAAAUUCGUGUAGCCUAUUUCCAAAAAAAAAAAAAAUGGAACCACAGCUCUCCAAACCAGAAUGCAAAAACAUGGAUGCGUGUCUGAGACGGCUGAAGCAAGAACUGCUAUCGAUGAAAGAAGCAGGAGAUGGCCUCCACGCUCAGAUGAAUUCAAUGAUGGGAGCCCUCCAGGAACUCAAGCUCCUCCAGGUUCAGACAGCGCUAGAAAACCUUGACAUUUCGGGUCGGCCCAUUAACCGGGGACUCCCUCAUCCUGCUCCGCCAGCUUGUUCUGACGCAUCAGCUGCAGCAGCUUCAGCAUCAGGCGAGAAUCACAUGUUGAGCACAAGUAAUACCAUGUCUGAGGAGGCCAGCCCAAAUCCAAUGCCAAGUCCAAGGCCAUCUUUGGAGAGCAGAGCCACCUUCAGUCAAGAUGACCACAGCCCAUCCCGAAACAGAAGCAGCCUGGGAGCCUCGUCUUCCUCGACGUCCAGCCUAGAGAGUGAAAGUGCGACGAGUGAGAGAAGUGAAAGAGGUGCAAGAAGCGAGAACGACCUUGAGUCUAUACCCAGGAGGUGGUCAGGAUACAUGGCACCACAGGUGGACUUCUAUGGACCAAUGGUGGGUAACCCUCCACCAGAGCCCUACCCUCAGCCACAGCCUCCCCGGCGUGCUCAGGUGGUGGACCUGCCUGGGAUCCUGUACAGCCUUUCCAGAGAGGGUCCUUCACUGGACAGCGACUACUCCCAGGACAGCACAGACGACGCUAGUGACUGGACGUCUUCACUCAUGAGCCGCAGCCGCAACCGUCAGCCUUUGGUGCUGGGCGACAACGUCUUCGCUGACCUCGUGGGCAACUGGCUGGACCUGCCUGAGGUGGAGAGGGAGGAAAUGGAGGAAGAAGAGAAGAGGAGAGAGGAGAGGACAGCGGAUGGUGGGGCAGACAGACCGGACACCCCGGCUCAUCCUCUCCGCCUCAGUCGCUCACAGGAGAUCUGCAGGAAGUUCUCGCUCACCACAAACAUCUUCAAGAAGUUCCUGCGCAGUGUCCGGCCUGACAGGGACAAGCUGCUCAAGGAGAGGCCCGGCUGGAUGGCGCCUGAGCUCUCGGAGGGCGACCUCUUCAAAAGGCCGAAGAAACUGGUUCCAAAAAGUUCAAAAGGCAGCUUCUAUCUGCCGUUCUGGGCAAACGGACAGCAGGGGAAAGGCAGACCGUGUCCGCACCCAGCUGAAGCAGAGAGCAACCAACACCAUCACUUCCACCAGCUUCACCAGCAGCCAUUUGCAGGGAUUUAUUUAGACAGGAGACAGCCAGAGACUGGUCUGGAGAAAAUGCAGCCCUUGUUUGACUAUAACACAGCUGUGUGGGUCUGACAGUCAGUUUCAGGCCAACAGACUGCCAGUGAUGCCAGAUUGAGUGAGUGACAGGUGCUGGGGGAUUUGGCCGUGUUGGAAGGGAAUGAAUGAAAGACUGAGAGGCUUGGAUACAGUUAUCUUCCAAAAAUGAACUUCACAUCCACCACAUCCUGCGACUGAGAGAUUAUCAGGGCAACAUUUUGUCUGACAAUCCUAAAACUUAAACCUCGUUUGCUGUGUGUGUGUGUGUGCGUGUGUGAAUGUGUGUGCGUGUGUGUGCUGGAGGGUGUCUGAGACAGAGUCAGAGAGAGACAUUUCUGAGGAUUUAUGCUGCAAGUUUUAUAUUAUUCAAAUUUCUUUUCAUGUGUGUGCGCAUGAAUAACUGUGCUCUCUGGAUGUCUUAAAAGACGGUACUGAAAUGGACAUUUUUCUCAGAAUGUCUCCAUUACUUUACUUAUAUCAUUACAAUUCUUUAUAAAAACACCCGCAAACUUCUUCACUUCUGUGCUACAGGACACAAUCUCAUAUAUCUCACUUAUUUGCAUCUAUUAAUAGAACACCAACUGUUGGAUUGCAUGGUUACCAUUUUAUAAAUGAUGCUACAAACAGCUGUUACUGAACGCACUGCCACUAAAAAACACAGUCAUAUGCUCCCUUUUGUUUCCAACAGCCCAGGAAGCCUUGGAAACUCAGGUUUAACUGAACCCAUCAGUCUCAUUCACCUUGCUCAGGGACUGAAUGUUACACAGGAGGAAACUAUGAGACACUGCCACAUUUAAAAGGGUUUUACAUAGAGUUUAGAGAAGUCUAGUCUCAUCUCAUCUUGCCUAGUAGGACAUAACAGCAAUACAGUGCAUGACUAGAUCACACCAUCAAAGAUUGCACAUUAAACUUUGAGAUUUGUCCCUCGUAAUCAGCGAUGUUGUGCUUGCCGUCAUGUUAGAAAUUCUCAUUGUUUCUCUGCUGUGUAGACACGGCACAUGUUGAGUCAACUGUCAGUCCUCCUGGGCUGUUACGCCAUGAGAGGAGGGUGGAAAGAUGGCACAGCCAACCACGAGUACUGACUGACUGACUGCCAUCUGGUACCGGAACAUUAUGUAAAGCUCGUUCACUACAGGCUCAGCGAAGAUGCAAAACAGGCUCAUUUAAUCCCAAAGCUUUGUAGAUGAACUGAAUUAUGACGAUGGUUGCACAUGCUGUAUAUACACAGGUGGAUACAUUACAGGGCUGUAACAGUGAUGAGACAGUUGAGAGGAAAGUUAUCUUUAUCAGACAGGAUUCAAGUUGCAGACUAAAUGUACAGAGCAUUGUACAUAUUUGUCAUCAACCAAGCAGCAGCAAUAACAAGCAUUUACUAUAAUAUGCCAUUGCAUGAUUUUCAUUAUUCUGCACACAUAAAUAUUUCAAACUAACUUUACAGUUCUUACCAGAAUAUGUCAACAACGCCACCACAUGUACUGAAACCACAAACUGAUGAGUUAAUCUUUGACCUACAGUAUCUGUUCUCUUGUAUCAUAUAAACUGUUUCAAUGGUUUUCAUUUCGAGAUGCAUUAUGACAAAAAAAAAAAAAAACUACAGCUUCCCUCACAAAUUCCCUCAGGAUUUCAGAUGACACUGCCCACUCUGACUCAAAAUACUUAGUUGUUUUUAUAGAGGAACACUGUUAUGCAAGGACAAUCUGAUACUCUUAACUUAUCAUUAUGAAAAAAAACAGUUAAUUUCACUCAGUUUUAACAUAAUACCAGACCAAUCAACUUAGCCAGCAGGGAUUAGGCCUUCGGUCUUUUGAGUGUCUUGGCCAGUCAAUCCAUAUGGUGUUGUCUCAGUAUUCAGGUCAAUACAUACUGCACGUUCUGAGGGUCCAAUAUACACACACACACACACAGACAGUUUCUGCUGAGACAGUUGUGCCAUAAGGCACAGUCUGAGAUGUCAUAUCACACAGUAUGUGUAUGUAAAUGUAACGUUUAUUUCUUCCUAUUUACAGUUCUUUAAGUGUAAUUUUCUGCACUGUUAUUGAUAUUUUUCAUCAGGGUUCUGCGAACCCUCAGUAGUGAUUCUGUGUCAUGUGCACUGUAAAACUGUCAC